GUAAUUAGUUUUCCCCUUCUAAAUGGAAAUAGAAUCAGCUGAGAAGAAACUAUAUGAUGCUGCAGCAGAAGGGAACACAACAACAAUCAAAAACCUUCUUCAAAAUGAUCCAUUUCUUCUCAAAAAAGCAUCAUUUGCUAAUUCCACUAAGGAAACCCUCUUACACGUGGCAGCAGCUGGAGGGUACGUGGACAUAGCGUCUAUUUUGGUUGAAAAGGCCCCGGACAUGUGCUGGUCACGUGACCAUAACGGCAUGAACCCUAUCCAUGUGGCGGCUGCGAACGGGCGCGAGGAGGUUCUGAGACUGCUUGUGGAGAAGGAUCGCUUUGCUGCGAUGGAGCGGUUGGACCGAGGAGAGACCGUGCUGCACUUGUGCGUGAAACAUCGUCGGGUCGAAGCGUUGAGUGUUUUGGUGAGUAUGUUGGGUGGGUUUGUGUGUGCAGAGGAUGAUGCUGGAGAGACAGUCUUGCAUUUGGCAGUUAGAUACAAACAAGUUGAGAUGAUUCGAUACUUGACCAAAUUCACCAAGAUCGACAAGAAAUCAAAGAACUCCAAAGGCGAAUCGCCAUCAAAAAUCCUGAGGCAACACAUCUCCUACUCCGGAUCCGACCACGAAACCGACGAAAUCAAAGAGUUGCUCCGGUCCCAAUCCGCCCACUCCUCCCAAAUCCCACCGGCCGAGUGGCUGACCAAGAAGCGCGACUCCAUCAUGGUGGUGGCGGUCCUGAUCUCCACCAUGGCGUUCCAGGCCGCCGUCAGCCCCACCGGCGGCGUGUGGCAGGACAACACGGCCGACCACAGGGCCGGGGAGGCCGUGAUGGCCUACAAAGACCCGCGCAUCUACCGCAACUUCAUUCGCUCCAACACGGUGGCGUUUGUGACGUCACUCAGCAUCAUAUUGCUGCUCAUCAUUGGCUUGCCCUUCAAGUACAGAUUCUUCAUGUGGGCCCUUUUGCUCAUCAUGUGGGUCUCCGUCACCGCCGUCGGAGUCACCUACGGAGCUUCGAUCAUGGUGGCGACUCCUGUGAUUCAUAAGGACUCGCUCAGCAGCGUGAUCCAAAUAGCCAUCUUUGCGUGGGUCGGGCUGAUGUCGUUUCUGCUCCUCGUCAACGCUUUCCGGCAUCUUUACCAGAAAUUGAGGUUCUCCGGGAUCAAAUUUCCGUCAUGGGUGAAACGUUACGAGGACGAAUCCGUUAACAGUUUACCCUGACAAUAGGAGGCCCAUUUCGCCAGGGCAGUCAUUCUGGGUACGACGGAAAUGUAGGAGGGAAUGCAGUUCCUUCCAUCCAUUUUCUAUUGUUAUUGUUUUUUAUUCCUUAUUAUUUUAUAUUUUGAUAAAAUUACACUAAAUGUUAUAAAAUUGGGCAUUUUGCACACACAUUGCACAUAUAAUAUACAAACAAAAAACUUUUUUUA